UCGAACGCUUAAGAUCUCGCUUUGAACUGUGAUUGUAACGCACGCGGGUGGUAACACAUUUGUUGAAUAGAAAGUACUGUCUCAAUGGUGAUAAAUUUUAGUAUUUUUAAUCCAAUCCUACGGGGUUUGGAGUGAUUCAUAUUGCCAGAAAUAUUUUUCUUAAUUGUGCUCUGUACUGUCUUUGACGGUUUAAAUCCGAAACAAAGUUACUUCAAGUUUUCGACAAUGAAAUUCCUUAUCUGCAAGCGAUGGCCGUUGCUUACAAUCGUUGCCCUUGCCGUCGCUAUUGCAACGGCGGUUGCCCUGCAGAAAUCCUCGUUGGAACAGGCCAGACUUCAUCGUGAGAACUUAGUUCGAAAGUAUUUGAAAAAGCUGAAAAAGGAAGAAGGCGCUAUCAAGUUGGUUGGCGGUCGAGGGGAUUUCGAAGGCAACCUUGAAAUAUUCCACGACGGCAAAUGGGGAGCCGUUUGCGACGACGAGUGGGACUCGAACGAAGCGGAAGUCGUAUGCUGGCAGUUGGGCUUCCCCGGCUAUGUCAAAGCCACCCACAGUGGACACUUUGGCAAGGCGAAGCGAAAGUACUGGAUGGAUAAUCUGUACUGUGGCGGAAAGGAGACGGAACUGGCUUUGUGUCAUUUUGAUGGCUGGGGUCACAGCGAUUGUGAGGCGAGCGAAGCGGCCGGUGUAAUUUGCAAGGAAAACGAUGAGGCAGCGACGACGAAAAAACCUAUCCCGGAGGUGUAUAAGCCAAAAAAGGUUCGACUGGCGAAAGAGCUGGAGGUACGACUGGUAGGAGGAAGGAUUCCCAACGAGGGCAGAGUAGAGAUUCGCUUCGGUGGCAACGGUGCAGGUCCAUGGGGUACGAUUUGUGCUGAUGGAUGGUCAUUGCUGGAGGGAAACGUUGUAUGCCGCCAAUUGGGAAUGGGCUAUGCAAAUGAUGCCAUUCAGACGGAUUUUUUCGGCGGGUCAAACCAAAGUGAAAUAUUACUCAGUGGGACGGAAUGCUACGGCAAUGAGACCAGUUUGGCCGAGUGCUGGCACCAUGAGCUGGGUAGGCACGGCGAAUGCAGCGAACGGGGGACCCACGUGGCGGCAGUAACCUGCGUGGAGAAGAUGGCCGAUUUGGCAUUCGAUCACGCGGAAAUGGAACAGUCGCUGCAUCUGGAGGACAGGCUGAUGUAUUUGCUGCAGUGUGCCAUGGAGGAGAAUUGCGUCGCUUCCCAGGCAUACGACAUCCAGAGGGAUAAUCCUAACUGGCAUUUGGAGAGUAGGAGGUUGCUUAAGUUUACGGCGCGGGUGCUGAAUACGGGAACGGCUGACUUCAGGCCGCACAUUCCGAAGCACCUGUGGGAAUGGCAUCUUUGUCAUAUGCACUAUCACAGCAUGGAAGUAUUUGCCACGUUUGACAUAUUCGAUUUACAGGGGAAAAAGGUAGCUGAAGGACACAAAGCAUCCUUCUGUUUGGAGGACAAUCAGUGCCUUCCCGGAACCGAGCCAAAGUACGCUUGUGCAAACUAUGGAGAUCAAGGCAUCUCCGUCAACUGUGCCGACAUCUAUCGACACAACAUCGACUGCCAGUGGGUGGACAUAAGUGAGCUGGAUUUCGGCCAGUACACCCUGCGGAUCGCCGUCAAUCCCGAAUUCAAAGUGCCGGAAAUUAGCUACGAUAACAAUGCGGCCAUUUGUUCGCUGCUCUACACGGAAACCUACGCCCGGGCAUACGAUUGUAAAAUAGUGCGACCCUAACGAACGACAGCAGCAGCAGUACCCAAACGAAAGAAAGCGAAACAAUAAACAGUGAAUGUCCCGCUGCCAUUAAGUUAAA